AUGGCCACCGAGGAGAACAUCGCUCUUCGGCAGCGAUACGACCUUUUGAAGGGCGCAGAACACCAUAAAAACGCUCUCAUCGAGGAACUUUUACGCCGUCUAGAUGAACUUACUGAGGAUUUUCACCAAGAAAAGCUGGAUCAUGCCCGGGAAUCUCACUUUAAUCGUGAAGUUCAGCUCCAAGAAAUCCAGUUGCGAGACGAGCUGCGUAAAUACAAAGCUCUCAUGGACCGGGAUGCUUUUAUCCUGGUACUAAUAGAUGGUGAUGGCAUGAUUUUUGACGAUAGACUUGUUCAAAUUGGCGAGGCUGGGGGACGAGAAGCCGCUGGUCUGCUCUGGAACGCGGUCAUGGACCAUUUCCAAACCGACACAGACUUACCAUCCGACGUUAAAAUUGUCACAAGGAUAUAUGCCAAUCUGAAAGGCCUUGGCGAUGUCUGCAAAAGGUCAGGUAUAUUAAGUACGUCGUCCGCGAUUGAGGACUUUGCGCGAGGAUUUACCGGAAGCAAGCAAUUAUUCGACUUUGUGGAUGUUGGUGUUGGUAAAGACCGUGCUGAUGACAAAAUAUCUGGUGAGUUCCAAUUACGAUCGUCAGCUCGAGUGGCUCACAAUUCUCCAGAAAUCUUCAAGCUUCAUCUCUACGACUCUCACUGCCGGCGCAUUCUCUUUGGAUGUUCCCACGAUAACGGCUACGCUCGAUUACUGGAGGAUGUUCCUGAUAAACCAAUUCGCGAUCAGAUUACCCUUUUGGAAGGCGUUCCAUUUGAAAGAGAGCUAUUCCAGCUGAAAUCAACCUAUCGUACAACAAGAUUCGAGGGACUGUUCCGUGCUACAAAAAUCAACGUUUACAAUCAGCAGUAUCCUCAGCCGCCGGGCUUACCACCGCCUCAAGUGCAGCUAACAGCGGGAUUACCCCCCUACCAGUCACCAUAUCAACCGGGCAUUGCACGUACAAUCUCCGCAUCGCCCUCGGCGCCACUGAAUCCAGCGGCUCCCACAUGGGCUUCCGCCGCAAUGACGGCGCCUUCCCAAAUGGCUUCACCCCCCCCCACGCCUCAGCCAACUGCAUAUGUCACCAAGCAAGUGCUUCGCAACCGCUACGGCCAGCGGAUCGACCCUAUCAUGUCCUACGAUCCAAAUGAAGUCAAGCGCAUCAAAAAACUCAAGAUGUGUAACGUCCGUAAGUAG